AUGGGAUCAAUCGAAGUUCAGAAGGUCGAUGUCGCAAUUAUCGGGGCAGGAUGGUACGGCCUUGUCGCAGCCAGAACAUAUCUCCGUCUCUGCCCCAAUGCAAAGCUACUCGUCAUUGAUUCCGACUCCACCGUGGGCGGCGUUUGGAGCGAGGACAGAUUAUACCCAAAUCUAGUCGCCCAGGUCAACCUUGGUCUGUUCAACUACACUGAUACGCCCAUGCCGGCGGCCGGAAUGACCAAGGACCGACAAGUGACCGGUCGUAUGAUCCACAACUAUCUGCAGCGAUACGCCGAAGACCACGAUCUCCUUCGCUAUAUCCGGUUCAAUACUUUCGUCAACCGAGUGGAAAAGAUAUCCGGCGGAUGGCGUCUCCACUUCCGCGAGUCCGGCGACAUCGUCGAGACUGCCAAGUUAAUGGUCGCGUCGGGGGUCACGUCUAUCCCUAACAUGCCCUCUCUGGACGACACCGAUGUGUCCGUGCCGGUGAUCCACUCCAUGAACCUGGGUGCGUCGUUUGAAGAUAUCAAGAGACCCGAGAUCAAGGAAGUGGUGGUUGUCGGAGCGGCCAAGUCUGCAUACGACGCUGUCUAUCUUCUCUUGACCAUGGGCAAGAAAGUCACUUGGGUGAUUCGACCAGGAGGUGCCGGUCCUCUGGCCAUUCUCCCGUCCAAAUUGCUCGGCUUCUGGACGAGUAUUGGAGUGGCCUCAACGCGACUGAUGACCGGUUUGAGUCCUUCGAUCUUCAAUACCAACGGUCUCCUGUACUCCGUUUUCCAGAAGAGCCCCCUGGGAAGAUGGGUGACAGGACGCUUCUGGGACACGGUGGCACUCCUUAGCGACAUUCACGCAGGAUACUAUAAAGGGGACCAUGUGGCCAAGCUACGACCGGAAAUCGACGGCAAGGGCAUCUUCUGGGCAAACUCUGGCCUUGGCGUCGUCACCUUGGACGACUUUUGGUCCACCAUCCACAAAGGCGACGUCACCGUGAUCCGUGACGACCUGGACAGAAUCAAGGGCGACACGCUGAAGCUCAAGUCGGGCGAAAGCGUACGAUCCGACUACGUCCUCAUGUGCACCGGCUGGGGCGACCACUUCGCCAUGUUCGAUGACGCCACGAAACGCGAAGUGGGCCUGCCGGUGCUGACCGCGAAAGGGGCCGUCGACCCAGCAUGGGUGAAGUCCGACGCAGAGGCCGAGGAUUCCGUGAAUCGCAAACUGCCGUUCUUGGCGAAGUCGGCGGUGGUGCGGAAUCCCAAGAAUCUCCUGCAGCCGCAGAGGAAGUGGAGAUUGUAUCGUCGCGUGGUGCCUAUUAAGAUGGCCGAGAAGGGAGAUCGAUCGCUCGCGAUCCUUGGCCAGAUCCACACGGUGCAAACACCUCUGGUUGCGGAGGUCCAAUCCUUCUGGGCUAUUCUGUAUCUGCUGGGCAAGGUUGAACUGCCCGAUCAUGAUACUAUGGUCAAAGAGAUUGCCGAAUGGAAUAUCUGGACGAAGAAGCGGUACUUGAGCCAGGGACAGAAGUUCCCCUACUCGCUGUACGAUUUUCUUCCGUACGUUGACACUCUAUGCAAAGACCUCGGCAUCAACUCCCGACGCAAAUCAAAUGUUCUGGCGGAGAUAUUCUCUCCUUACCGGCCAGAGGACUUCAACGGAUUUAUUGACGAGUACAUGUUAAAGAGACUGAACGAGUCAGUCGGCAAGCCUAAGGAAGUCCAGUCUCACUUGCUUACUCGGUUGUGGGGGGUUGGCUUAAGCCUGGUUGUUUCUCUGGUUGCGCUGAGCAAGGUGAUUACUGCGUGA